UCCUGUAAAGGGAGAGGCAGCAAAACCAGACAAACAGCUGCAGGUAGAGGACGAGCAACACCUGAAAGACGAGAAGUUCAAUGUCAGUUUCCAGAAGUGAAAGUAAAAGUGUAAGAGAGCACCAGGAGAGCUGCAGUCGAGUGUCUAAAGAAGAUUCACCGGAGUCCAUCAGGUUUCUCUCAGCAACAGUGAGUGCAGACAUGUCUGCUGCCAGCAGUCUACGAUCUGAAGAUCAGUUUCUGUGCUCCAUCUGUCUGGAUGUGUUCACUGAUCCGGUCAGCACACCAUGUGGACACAACUUCUGCAAAAACUGCAUCACUCAGUACUGGGACACAAAUCAGAGGUGUCAGUGUCCCAUGUGUAAUGAGUCUUUCAACACUAGACCUCAUCUGAGGGUCAACACCUUCAUCUCUGAGAUGGUCGCUCAGUUCAAAUGUGAAGUUCAGCAGAAAGCCAGCAGUAGCAGCUCAGAGAAACAAGCUGCCAAGCCAGGAGAAGUUCCCUGUGACAUCUGCACUGGAACCAGACUGAAGGCACUGAAGUCCUGCCUGGUGUGUCAGGAGUCCUACUGUCAGACUCACCUGGAGCCUCAUCUGACAAAGAAACGUCUGAAAAGACAUCAGCUGAUUGAGGCAGUGGAGAAGCUGGAAGGCAGGAUGUGUAAGAAGCACGAUAAACCUCUGGAGCUGUUCUGUAAGACUGACCAGACAUGUGUUUGCAUGCUCUGCUCUGUUUCAGACCACAAGAACCACAAAUUUAUUCCUCUGAGAGAAGAAUAUGAAGGAAAGAAGGCAGAGCUGGAGAAGACAGAGGCUGAAAUUCAGCAGAUGAUCCAGAAGAGACGACUGAAGAUUCAGCAGAUCAAAGUGUCAGUGAAGAUGAGUAAAUGUGCUGCAGACAGACAGAAAGCAGAAGGUGCUCAGGUCUUCACUGCUCUGAAGGAGUCUGUUGAUAGAGGCCUGAUGGAGCUCAUAAAGGAGAUUGAAGACAAACAGGAAACUACAGAGAAACAGGCUGAAGGUCUCAUCAAAGAUCUGAAACAGGAAAUCUCUGAGCUGAAGAAGAGAAGCUCUGAGGUGGAGCAGCUGUCACACUCUGAAGGCCUUGUCCACUUCCUCCAAAGCUUCUCGUCCCUAAAAGCUGCUCCACCCACCAAGAACUGGACAGAAGUCAGCAUCCAUCCACCAUCAUAUGAGGGGACUGUGGUGAGAGCUGUGGAUCAGCUGGAGGAGACACUCAGGAAACUCAGGAAGAAGAAGCUGUCUGAGGCUACAGAGCUGAAGAAGGUCCAGCAGUAUGCAGUGGAUGUGACUCUGGAUCCUGAUACAGCAAGUCCUGUUCUCAUCCUGUCUGAUGAUGGAAAACAAGUGCACUGUGGUGAUGUGAAGAAGAAUCUUCCAGACAACCCAGAGAGAUUUUCUUACUGUGUUAAUGUUUUAGGAAAGCAGAGUUUCUCUUCAGGCAGAUUUUACUUUGAAGUUCAGGUUAAAGGAAAGACAAAAUGGGAUUUAGGAGUGGCCAGAGAUUCGAUCAACAGGAAGGGAAAAAUCACAGCGACUCCUCAGAAUGGUUUCUGGACUGUAGCAUUGAGGAAUGGAAAUGAAUACAAAGCUCUUACUGACCCUUCAGUCUCCCUCUGUCUUCAGUCUGGUCCUGAGAUGGUGGGGGUGUUUGUGGAUUAUGAGGAGGGUCUGGUCUCCUUUUAUGAUGUAGGUGCUGCAGCUCUUAUAUACUCCUUUACUGGCUGCUCCUUCAAUCACAAACUCCACCCAUUCUUCUGUCCCUGUCUGAGUGAUGGUGGUAAUAACUCUGCACCUUUGAUCAUCUGUCCUGUUAAUCAAACUGAGUUGAUCAAUGAAGGGAACAAAUGAACUUAUUCAGUGUAAAUACUCUACAGUCUCCAUGUUUACUGUAGAAUCUGAUUAUUGGGGACUCUGAUUCACACUUUGAUUUGAUUCUCAUGGAAUUCGAUGCAAACAGAAGAAAAGAUGAAUCAGGAAAUGUUCCCACUAAUAGAGAGACUCGAGCUGCCAGGCAGGAGGAAAAAAGGAAGACCUCAGAGGAGGUUCAUGGAUGUAGUGAAGGAGGACAUGCAGAGGGUUGGUGUGACAGAGACCAACACUCUGCAUGUCCUAAAUGAGACAUUGGAGUUUUGUUCAGUGUUCAUUUUAAUCAGGUUUUAUUUUUUUAGUUUUUGGAGACCUGAAUGAAAUCACUUUAGGUGACUUGGGGUUUUUUAGGUUUUUAAUAUGUGCUCUAAAAAUAAUGAUAAAUUAAAAUAUGUUCAGAUUUAUAGACCUGCAUUUAUUUGGUCUGUUUCAUUGUUUCUAUCAGUAUCCUUUGAUAUUUUUUAAUGCUACCAUUUUGUGUUUUCAGUCAUAAGAUUUGUAAGUUAAACUGGAGAAUACAGUUUCAUAAACUGCCCUAGCGCUCCCUCUAGUGGCUGCAUUGUAAUAUUGUUUUCAUUACUUUGGAAAAAGAAAAAUAGAGGAAGUGGAAAAUCCAAGAUGGCUGAACAUAAUUCCGAAGUAUUAUUGUUUUAAGUUGAUAUGGACCUUAACCUCCUAGGACCUGGCGUCCACAUAUGUGGACAUCACAUUUUGGGUUAUUUAGACCAAAAUACUCAAUUUUGCUCUACGUGGGCCUGAUAUCC